GUAGCUGCUGUGUCAGUUAUCACUCUUGAAACAACAAUGGUUCGCGGAAACUCUCUUAUAGAUGACUUGAGACUUCUUAUUAAUAAUCCUCGAUACAGUGAUUUGGAAAUCUGGUGCAAAGAUGAUUCUGUUCUUUAUGGAAAUCGUGCAAUUCUUGCCGCUCGUUCCGAG